UGGCAACAACAGUACCAUUGUGAUUUAUUUUGUUAAAGUUAUCUGAAAAUAACCUACAAAUUUGACAGUAAAUUUCUCUUCAAAGAAAGGCGAAAAAAUGUAUCUUAUGUACUAUUUGGACGAAGAAGGAAAACGAUCAUACACAUUAAAGAAGGUGGAUCCUCAUGGGAACCCUACAUUUUCAGCUCAUCCUGCUCGAUUUUCCCCAGAAGACAAGUAUUCUCGUGAAAGAAUUAUCAUUAAAAAGAGAUUUGGUCUAUUACCCACUCAGAAACCUGAACCAGUUUAUUAAACAUGUACCUAGGAUUAUCAGUAAAUAAUAAUAUGAUGAUGUUUACUCUAUUUUGUAAUGUUUUCAAUUUGCAAAUAAAAUAGAAGAAUAUGAA